UGCCAGCGAUUGCCAGGUGCUUGUGCCAAGUUGUUUGGAUUGAGAUGUGAUCAGUGCAAGGUCGCCAAUUUACCUCUCGGCUUCCAGUUAUCUUUACAAGAAGAACCCUAGAAGACGAAAGAAAUAUUUUUCUAAAAUAGUGGAGGAGUCAAGCCAGCUCCUAUCAGUGAGUGUUUGGAGUUUAACACCAAACCCUGUUCAAAAACACAGGAUCUGCAGUUAUCAGUAAAUAUGUCUGUUCCUCCUCGUCCUGAUCCACCCAUUGUUGGUAAGGUGACUCAUAACAGCAUAGAGCUGUACUGGAGAGCUCCUGAAGUUGUUGAUCAAGGCAAGGGAGACAGCCGGUUGAGAUAUUGUAUUCAAGAAGAGGAACUGGGCCCAAGGUCCAGAGGAUUUGGCAAUGUCUAUUCAGGUUACAGUAAAAUGAAUGUUUUUGAAGGUCUGGAGGCUCGCACACAGUACCGAUACAGACUGAAGUGUAUGAAUGAUUUUGGUUCAAGUGCCUGGAGUGCUGUUGUCACUGUGUCAACCACAAAGAAACCUCAAACCAGUGAAGAUCUCCAGAGGGCUGUCACUAAGGGAGAUGUGGAGACUGUCAGAAAUAUUCUGCCUGGACUUAGCUGGCAAGCAGUUGAUUCCCCCGACAAGUUUGGUUUAUCACCACUCAUGAUUGCAGCCCAAAAAGGUUAUGUAGAUGUGGCACGAGUUUUGCUGGAAACUGGCGCAGAUGUGAACUUUCAAAGCAGCAGUGGAAAAACAGCCUUGAUGAUGGCUUGCUUCUCAGGAAAUGUGGAGGUUGCGCAGCUGUUAAAACAACAUAAGGCUGACUGGGAUUUAGUGGACAGGACAGGUUCAACAGCUCUUCACUGGGCGGUCGACGGAGCCAAUUUGGAUAUGAUCCGCUGGAUGCUUCAAGAUGGCUGCCGAGUGGACGUCAAAGACGAAACGUCAGGCUGGACUCCUCUGAUGAGAGUAGCAGCUGUGAGCGGUAAUGUGAACGUUGCCAAGGUACUGAUACAUCAUGGGGCCAAUGUGCACACAAUGGACAAAGAAGGGAAAACGACUCUGAUGAACGCUGCACUUAAUGGCUUUGAAGCGCUUGUUAAGCUUCUCGUUAAAAAGGGUGUCCCUGUCAAGCUGAAAUCAGAGCACGGCAAAACGGCGCUGGAUUUUGCCAGGUCUUUUGAACACGAAAGGGUGACUCACUUUCUGCAAGAGCAUGUAGAGGCUUUGAGGAAGGCUGACAACGAACGCAAAUUGGCUGAAGCGAAGGAAAGAAGGCACAGCCGAGAGCGGAUUGAAAGUCAUGGCUUAAAAUCUGUUACAAACGGUGCACAGAAUGGAACAUCAGAGGCGGUUGUGUCGUAACUGAUGUUUGAAACAAAAACGGUUUAAAGCCAUGAGA